AUGUAUUCUCUGAUACUCCAUGGAAAAAGAUCUGUUGAGUUGCAGAAAUGUUGUAACUUUAAGCUUCUGCAAACUGUAUACUCUGCUUUCUCCAAUUCCUUCUCCUCUGCUGCAGAUUUAAGCCCUCGAGAUGGUAGAAAGGGGAAGGCUUUCACAGUCUCUUACCUCGUUGAUUCAUUAGGUUUAACCACAAAGCUCGCAGCAUCAAUCUCCAGGAAAGUGAGCUUCGAGGGCAAAGGAAAUCCAGAUUCUGUUCUGAGUCUUCUUAGAAGCCAUGGAUUCAGAGAUUCUCAGAUCUCCGACAUCGUUACGGAUUAUCCACAAUUGCUUAUAGCAGAUGCUGAGAAAUCUCUUGCACCCAAGCUUCGGUUUUUGCAGUCGAGAGGAGCUUCAAGCUCUGAGCUCACUGAGGUUGUUUCCAAAGUUCCUAAAAUGUUGGGGAAGAAAGCUGGAAAAUCUAUCAGCAUGUACUAUGACUUCGUCAAAGAGGUUAUCAAAGCUGAUAAGAGCUCAAAGUUUGAAACUUUAUGUCAUUCAUCUCUGCCACAGGAUAGUGCAAUAGAGAACAAGAUCAGAAACGUAUUGGUUUUGAGAGAGUUAGGUGUUCCUCAGAAGGUCUUGUUCUCUAUGCUCAUCUCCAGUUUCCACACUAUAUGUGGGAAAGAGAGAUUCGAAGAUACCGUUAAGAAGGUUGUUGGGAUGGGAUUUGAUCCGAGCCAGAGUUUGUCCAAGUUUGUGCAAGCUCUACAUGCUGUUUACCAAUUGAGUGACAAAACAAUACAAGAGAAGGUCAGUGUCUAUAAAGGUUUAGGCUUUGUUGAGGGAGAGGUGUGGGCAAUGUUCAAGAAAUGGCCUUGCUUUCUGAGUUUCUCGGAGAUGAAUAUAGUGAACUCCAUGGAGACAUUUCUGGAGCUAGGAUUCAGUAGAGAUGAGUUCAGGAUGAUGGUCAAGCGUUUUCCUUCGUGCAUUGGGGUAUCUGCAGAGACGGUGAAGAGGAAGACUGAGUUUCUUGUGAAGGAGAUGGAUUGGUCGCUGAAUGUUGUGGCUUCUCACCCUCAGGUUUUUUCGUACAGCAUGGAGAAGAGGAUUGUGCCGAGGUGUAACGUUAUCGGAGCUCUCAUGUCAAAAGGAUUGCUUGGAAAGGGAAGUGAACUCCCUUCAGUGUCGACUGUUAUGUCCAAGACCAAUCAGACGUUCUUGAACCAGUAUGUGAUUAAGCAUUAG